GGUCUUCCUAAGCGAUUCUGCACUCUUCAUCUGCCAAAGGAAGAUACAGCUAUUAUUUUGGAGGAUGCAAGCGGGAGCAAGCAAGAAACUAGAUAUCUCUGGCAAAAGACGGGUCUAAGUGGUGGAUGGAGAUAUUUUUCGAUUGAUCACAAGUUGCAGGAGGGGGACAUAGUAGUUUUCCAGUUAGUCAAGCCAACCAAAUUUAAGGUUUACAUUGUCAGAGCUAGCGAGUCUGAUGAGGUGGCUGGAGCUCAUUGCCUCGAUGAGCCAGAUCCCUCUUUGGAGAGAGCAUUUCCUGAGAUUGAUACCAAGGCAAGCAGAACAGAGAGUAGUGCAGAUGAUGAGCGUAGGAUCUGUAACACAGAUACUUGUUUACUAGAUCUGCCCAAACACGAUGUUGAAGAUAUUUCAGCAGAAGCACUGGACGAGAACAGAUUUCAAGAAUCUGUUGUCAAUUUUAGAAAUGUGAAAGGUUGGGAGCAUUCUGCAGCAGUGGUGGAUGGUGUAGAUAUAGAUUCUGAACUCCCAAAGCAUGUUCGAGCGAAGUACUACGAGCUCUGCCGCAGCCAAAAGUCGCUCCUUCAUGAGAAGCUUCUCAUGGGUCUCAACUCUAAAUUGGCCUUAGGAAUGGUCUCCGAGACUGUAAAUAUAGCUGAUGCUAUCAGAGCCUCUAAGAUCACAACCUCCAUUCAAGAUUUCACUACCUGGGGAAAGACUUUGAAGGCAUUCAAGGAUCUGGGCAUGGAUGUUGGAUUCUUACUAGCUAGGCUCGAUCAACUCAUGAACCUCGCUAUCAAGUCAAAGAGGAUAAAGGAGGCAAGGAGGGAGCGAGCUGCAGCAGAACAGGAGAUGAGGAUACUGGAAGCUAAGGUCUUGGAGGUUGAGAUUACGAUCAAUAACCUCGAUGCUGAGAUCAGUACUUUGGACAAGGAUGAGAAUGGGUUCGAAUUGGAUGUGAUGUUUCAUGAAGUUUCCUGUGCACCUUGGUGAUGAAAAAUCAUUGAGAUUCUCGCCUCGUAAGCGGGGGGAACAAACAAUGGAAGUUCCAAUAAUGCACGCAGGAUAUGGUGAUGAAGAAUAGUCCUUCUGGGGGUGACAAAUAAGUAGUGUAAGAAUGUUGGCAAGUAUGAUGAGGUAAUGAAGAGCUAACCUUUCUGCAAACUAGGAAUUGGGACUUCAUCCUGCAAUAGGUUGGUGUGCAUGUCUUAAGUCUUGAGUUUGAAUCUUGGUCAGUACUGCUUAUUUUGAGGUACGGACUCUUUAACAGUAAUUAUUCACGGCGCAUUCAUUGAGAGGUUGCACAUUUCUGGAGUCCACCCCAGGUUGCACAGUCUGUAGAGAGAGAGAGAACUGUGGAGGUGAGUCGAAGCGGAACUAUGAGGGAUGACGGUGGCAGAGCAUGGAGGAGAGCAAGUCGCAUGGGACUCGCCAGUAAUCGAAGCCCUCAUCUGCGCUGGCGAGGAGGUCAACCCGGAUAGCUAGCUUGCCGCUCGAAGUUACAGGGAAGUAAGUCUC